GCCCGGGCCGGCAUCGCCUCAGCGGCCAGGAUCGCCUCAGCGCCUGGCGGAGCAGCGGGGAGGGGAGCGGCGGCUGGGCCCGGGUGCUGGGGAAGUGAGCGGCGCCCGCGGGUGUCGCCGAUCCGCGCGUAACAAGUGCAUUACUUCCACUAGACCUGCCAUAGGAAAUCGCUAAUUGUGUAUCCCUUGUUUGCUGGGUACUUGUAGUGGUGAAUUUUGAGUUACAAGAAUCCUGGGUGUUUACAAGUUCAGUUAAGAUAUCCUCGAUUUGCAGAAGACAUCUCAAAAUGUUGUGUCGAGCUGCUCUGAGCCCUCUUGUCCAUUCCCCUGGACGGUGCUUUGUGUUGUCGCCACAUGCCAUCACAGCCAUUUCCCGUUUAUAUCUCCCUCGCCAUAACCAAAGACUAAGGAACGAAUCCGUCCGUUGUUGGAGCAACAUCCCAUUUAUCACCAUGCCGCUCAGCCGUGCACACGGGAAAUCGUUUGCGCACCGCAGUGAGCUGAAGCAUGCCAAGCGGAUAGUGGUGAAGCUAGGUAGUGCUGUUGUGACUCGAGGGGAUGAGUGUGGCUUGGCCCUUGGGAGGCUGGCAUCUAUUGUAGAGCAGGUGUCAAUGCUGCAAAAUCAGGGCCGAGAGAUGAUGAUUGUCACCAGUGGUGCUGUAGCUUUUGGGAAGCAGCGGUUGCGUCAUGAGAUCUUGCUUUCUCAGAGUGUGAGGCAAGCGCUUCAUUCAGGCCAGAAUCAGCUGAAAGAUAUGGCGAUUCCAGUCUUGGAGGCCCGAGCCUGUGCAGCAGCUGGCCAGAGUGGACUAAUGGCUCUGUAUGAGGCUAUGUUUACACAGUACAGCAUCUGUGCAGCUCAAAUUUUAGUCACCAACCUAGAUUUCCAUGAUGAACAGAAGCGUCGGAACUUAAAUGGAACAUUGCACGAGCUUUUAAGAAUGAAUAUUGUCCCUAUAAUUAACACUAAUGAUGCUGUUGUUCCACCUCCAGAGCCAAACAGUGAUCUGCAGGGGGUAAAUGUGAUUAGUGUGAAGGAUAACGACAGUCUGGCAGCACGGCUGGCUGUGGAAAUGAAAACUGAUCUCCUGAUCGUUCUCUCAGAUGUAGAAGGACUCUUUGACAGCCCUCCGGGAUCUGAUGAUGCAAAGCUCAUUGACAUAUUCUACCCAGGAGACCAGCAAUCUGUAACAUUUGGAACCAAGUCCCGGGUGGGAAUGGGAGGCAUGGAAGCCAAGGUGAAAGCAGCUCUGUGGGCCCUCCAAGGAGGCACGUCUGUAGUGAUUGCAAAUGGAACCCACCCAAAGAUCUCGGGUCAUGUCAUCACAGAUAUUGUGGAAGGGAAGAAAGUUGGAACUUUUUUUUCAGAGGUAAAACCUGCAGGUCCUACAGUAGAGCAGCAAGGUGAAAUGGCACGAGCUGGUGGCAGGGCCCUGGCGGCUCUACAGCCUGAACAGAGAGCAGAGAUUAUUUAUCGUCUUGCUGAUUUACUAACUGACCAGAGAGAAGAAAUUCUCUUGGCAAACAAAAAGGACUUAGAAGAGGCUGAAAGUAAAGGGAGAUUGGCACUUCCUUUGUUGAAACGUCUAAGUCUGUCUACAUCAAAGCUGAACAGCUUGGCUAUUGGUCUGCGUCAGAUUGCAGCAUCCUCACAGGACAGUGUCGGCCGUGUAAUUCGACGAACACGAAUAGCGAAAGACCUGGAUUUGGAGCAGGUGACGGUGCCUAUUGGCGUCCUUCUCGUCAUCUUUGAGUCCCGUCCUGACUGUCUUCCACAGGUUUCUGCUUUGGCCAUUGCUAGUGGAAAUGGCUUACUGCUUAAAGGAGGAAAAGAGGCAGCACAUAGCAAUCAAAUCCUUCAUCAUCUGACACAAGAAGCACUCUCCCUUCACGGAGUCAAAGACGCAGUGCAACUAGUGAACACAAGAGAAGAAGUGGAAGAUCUCUGCCGUUUGGAUAAGCUGAUAGAUCUAAUCAUUCCACGUGGUUCAUCGCAGCUAGUCAGGAAUAUCCAGAAAGCUGCUAAGGGAAUCCCAGUGAUGGGACACAGCGAAGGGAUCUGUCAUGUAUAUGUGGACACAGAUGCCAGCGUUGAGAAGGUCACACGAAUAAUCAGAGACUCAAAGUGUGAAUAUCCUGCUGCCUGUAAUGCUCUGGAAACUCUCUUAAUUCAUCGAGACUUGCUGAGAACCCCGUUGUUUGAUCAGAUCAUAGACAUGUUGAGAGUAGAACAGGUGAAGAUUCACGCUGGCCCAAAGUUUGCGUCUUACUUGACGUUCAGCCCUUCAGAGGUGAAAUCUCUCCGCACAGAAUAUGGGGACCUGGAGUGCUGCAUUGAGGUGGUGGACAGUGUCCAAGAGGCUGUUGAACACAUCCACAAGUAUGGAAGUUCUCAUACAGAUGUUAUCAUCACAGAGAAUGAGAAAACAGCAGAGUUCUUCCUCCAGCAUGUGGACAGUGCUUGUGUUUUCUGGAAUGCCAGUACCCGAUUCUCUGACGGCUAUAGAUUUGGACUUGGUGCUGAAGUGGGAAUUAGUACUUCUCGUAUCCAUGCACGUGGACCAGUGGGAAUUGAAGGACUCUUAACUACGAAGUGGUUGCUGAGGGGGGACAAUCAUGUUGUUUCUGACUUCUCAGAGCAUGGCAGCAUGAAGUAUCUUCAUGAGAGCCUCCCUCUCCCUCAGAGAAAUACCAACUGAGAACAUCAGAGCCAGGGGGAAAACCCAGGGGUAUAAAUAUUUCCUGGUGAUGUUCAGGCUUCAGGGCGCACUCUGGGGAGGGAGUUUGUUUUUCAUCUUCAGGAACAUUUUUCUCGGUCACUGCACAGUACAGUGAAUACAAAAUUAUCCCGUCUGUGAGAUAUUUCUUUUUUCCCCUGCCUCUUUCUGUUUCCUUAGAUAGUAUCUGCAAACUGAUAUCACUUCUCCCAGAGACAAACUUCUUCAAAACAUACAGGUAAUGUAAGGAAAGGUUUAAAUAUCUGCUGCAUUUUUUUUUUAUCCUGAUGCUCCCUAUAGCAAAUAUGAUUGUUGCUGGAGCAUAGUUGUUUUUUUUUUCAUAAGUCUUUGUUUUAUUCAAAUAUCUGUUCUGGAGAACGAACUUGAUAGUUUGGGGGUUUUUAUUCAUUUUUAUGAUCAUGGCAGCUCUUGAAAGCUGGAAAGCUUUACACUUACUUUCUUUCUAUUUGAUUACUCUUAUGAUAAAGGGAUAGAUGUUCCAAAUGCACAGUAAGCUUUCGACCAAGAAACCUUUUAUAUCUAAUUUCUUUGUAUUGUUGACUAUUGUAGAUAAAUAACACAGUUGUCUAUUACGUGAAUUUUGUUACUUAUUUGUACCAAGGGCUUAUUUUUCUUUGGUUUUAUAUAAAACUUGAGCUUCUACAAUCCCUCCUCCAAAAGCAAUGCUACUUUGACAUUGGCUUUUUCUGUCCAAAGCUGUGAAGAAGUGCUUUCCUCGGUGCCCUGUGGCACGAUGCUGGGCAUGGCUCUCCCGGCAUGGCUCUCCCUCAAUGGCCACCAGGCAGAGCCAGUGGCUCACUGCUCCUGCGGUCCGGUGGCAGGUACAGUCAUCUCCAGCACCGUAUGUGUGAGUCGCUGCAUUGCAUGUGCCAGGGCCGGACUGGUGCGGUGCUGCGAGGGUGCCCUUUUCUGCCUGUUUCUCGCAGCCACUACCUCAGCAUCUUCUCCUGUGCUGUUGGUGCCUCACGAGCCUGUUCUGGCACGGUUCAGCUCCCCGUGGAUGCCAGGGGCCCACAGACAUUGCUGAGGCAAGCAAGAUGCUGCAGUAGCUGUGGAUGUCUCCUGGUUGCUGGAGGUGGCACAGCAGGGGCCGCGACGCACACGCUGCCGGGAGCACAAUGAGGGGAGGCUUUGCCGGGCCGUGUCCUGCCCUGAGGGCCCUGGUGGCAUCUUGGCAGCCGCUGGUGUGUGCGCUCAGCCCCCGGGAGAUGCACAUGGGAGCAGGGCAGGUCCUGGAGCAGGAUGAUGCUGCUGGGUCACACUGGCCCGAGGCUGCUGGUAAGUUGCAAGGAAGUUUGAAACAGGUGGGUGGAACAGAUUUAAGGAUAUUUUGAGUUGGGCAUGAUAAAUGCAACUCUAAGAGAGCUACCAGAGAGCUGUUACUGGGGAAGCAGGAAGACAGGCUAAAAUGGAUUCCUCCACCCAGCUUCAGGUGCCUGGAGGCCUCCCUGCCACCCCUCAGGGACCACGGGUGCCUCUCUGAGCCUCCCCCAGCCCCUUGUGCCCCACAUGAGCUGCCUGUAGCACUGGGUCUCCCAGGGCACCCUCCCUGCCCAGGCAGCCACCUGUAGGACCUUCUGGGAUGGAACUCUUACCCUGACCCCCUGAGGCAACUCCCGUCCUUCCGCCUUGCAUGCUUCUCCCCCAGCCACCAAAACAGCCCCUAAAAGUUCUGAAGCCAUCUAUAAAUCCUGUACAAAGCCCUCAGUGAUCCCACACCCAGCCCCAACACUGAAACGUUCCAUACUCUGCCCUAACUUUGACCAACUCCAGAACCCUCCCCAAAGCCUGGCCCAUUACCUCAGAAAAAACCCAAAUGCUGUGCCGACAGCAGCAAGCUAGCCCUUGAAUAUACUUUAAUCUCAUAUAACAUGACAUUAGAGUCAAUUAAGGGAAACGAUGAUAUUGCCAGAAACUUCUACAGAAGACGGAGUUACAGCCUGGACUAAAGUAACUUCUGUUAGAAACUGCUUGUUGGUUUUGUCUCCCAAGGGCAGCACUGAGGAUUAAGUGAUCCAUUCCUACCCUGUAGGUACCAUUGACUGUAUUUGGCUUAGCUUUGCUUUUGUUGUUUCUAGUUUCUUUUGUUUUAUCAUAUAUGCAUAUGAACUAUAUGCAGUACUUACUUUUUAGAGUAAGUACAGCUGAGUUGAAGAGCUCGGAAGAGGGGAAGGCUGUGGAUGUUGUCUACGUAGACUUUAGUAAAGCCUUUGGCACAGUUUCCCACAGCAUUCUCCUGGAGAAACUGGCUGCCCGGGGCGUGGAUGGGCGUAUGUGGUGGUGAAUGGAGUUCAGUCCAGUUGGUGGCCAGUCACAGUGGUGUUUCCCAUGGCUUGGUGCUGGGGCUGGUUCUGUUUAAUGUCUCUAUUGAUGACCCGGAGAAGGGGAUCGAGUGCACCCUCAGUCAGUUUGCAGAGGACACCGAGGUGGGCAGGAGCGUUGAUCUGCUGGAGAGUAGGAAGGCUCUACAGAGGAACCUGGACAGGCUGGAUCAAUGAGACAAGGCCAAUGGUGUGAGGUUCAGUAAGGCCAAAUGCCA